AUGGAGUCCACUGGCGGGUCAAGUCGGCGCCUCACUGGCACUACGUCGUCGCCGCUGUCAAACACGCCACACACCACGACCACCACGACAGGAGCAGCGACGACAACAACGGGAGCGACGUCGACAUCGUGCCUGGGGGAGCGGCAGCUGCCGCUUUCGCAGAGCCCGACAGCUGCACCGACCAACACGAGCAGUGGCGCGCCGAACCCGCUCUACUCCCUCGAUGGCGAGCUGCCUGAGGAGGUGGCAUCGUACUACGAGCACUGGGCCUCCCCGACGGAGGUGCUGCAGCUCCGCUCCAUGUGCACCGACCUCGUCAAUAAGUUCAAGAGGGAGGCGGAGAGGUGCCACCGGGAGUUGGAGGAUGUGAAGCGCGGGCGCGACGAGCUGCUGCGUGAGGUGCAGGAGACACGGAAGCUCCGCCAGUUGUACGUGACGGCAGAAGGGGAGUACGAAAAGACGCGGAGGGAACGUACGCAGUGGGAUGAGGAGCGGGAACUGCAGCGUCUGCAGCUGCAGCGGCUAAGCGUCGACAACCAGCGGUUGCGACUCGCUUUGCAUAGAGGCCGUAGAACGGAGCCGGGACUGCGGGCGUUGGUGCUUGCCCCGUCGAGCUCUGGUGGUGCAGGGGCCGCAUUCACAACAGCGACGACGACAACAACCUCCGCGCCAGUGACGAUGCCAACAACAGGCUCGUCCAUCCCAACCCCGUCGCCCACUUUGAGCUCCUCCACUACGCGCGCACGCGGUGGUCACACCGCCCAACAACAAGAGCAGCGACCACAUCCUCAGCAUCAUGGUCAUCAUCAGUAUCACCAUCAGCUCACGCUGGAGAGUGGUACCGGCGGCAUGAACACCAAUAGCGCUGGUGACGAUGGCGGCUACACCAUCACUAGCGGCGUAAGCGGUGACUCGAGCGAAGCAUUGCGUGAGCAGCUGCGUCUAAUCGAAGAGAUCCAGCGUUGCUCCACGGAGCACGCGGAGUUGGAAGCGCGCUUUUUCUUCUCCCAGGCGUUGUGGGACCUCACCGCUACACGGGAUGAGCAGCGGGCGAUGCGGCUCGUCGCCGAGAAUGAAAAGCUGAAGGGGCAGCUUCGUCACUGGCGCAGCGAGGCGGAGGAUGCCGCUGGCCGCCUCGACGCCGCUACAGCGCAGCUGCACAACUGCCGUGACGAGCAGGAGGAUUUGCGACGUGUUGUGCGUGCUGCUGGCGAGGAGCGGCAGUCACUCAUCGAGGCGGAGCGCCGUGCCGCGCAGGAGUCACUGGAGUCGCUCAAGGCCACCCACGCCGAGGAGCUGGCGCGCGCGCAGCAGCAGCUGCAGCUGGCCCUCGACGACGCGAAACGCACGCGUGAGACGCUGCAGCGGACUCUGGACGAUGUGCAGCGGCAGGCCGAGGCGCAGCAGACGCAGCUGCUGGCCGAAGUGGAGGGCGCUGUGCAGAAGUACGACAACGCCGCCAAGGCGCAGCAGGAGGCGGUGGCGGCACUCGCCGAGGCGAACGCGUCACACGAGCAGCAGCGGGAAACACUGGAGCACGAGAUGGAGGUUCUACAGUCCGCCCAGGAGCAGUGGGCGAAGGAAAGAGCCGAACAGGCGGCAGCGCUGCGGGAGGUGGAGGACGAGCGCGCGCAGCUUGCAUCACGCCUCCAGGGUGCAGAGGAAGAACUGCAGGCGGUGAGCGGGAGACUCAGUGCCGCGCUGGAGAAGCUGCAGGUGGCGGGCGAGCUGGAGGCAGAGCUCGCAAUGACACGAGCGCGUGCGGAGGAGGCAGAGCUGGAGGUGCAGACACUACAGUCGUACUGCGAGCAGCAGCUGCGUCUCCACCAGACCGCCUUGGCCGAGCUGCAGAAGCAGCGCGACGAUGAGGUGCUGCGACUGGGGCGUAACAUUGAACGGCUGCAGCGUCGGUAUGCUGCGGGCAAAAUACGCCUCGCCGCCGCGCUGAAAGGCAUUGGGCGCACAGAUGCCGCAUUGCAUCAGCCACAAGAUGACAAACAACAACAACAACAGCAGCAGCAGCAAAAGAAGGAAGGGGAGAACAGGAGGGGGAGCGGGGUGUCGGAGGAAUUGAUGGGGCCCGACGCUGUGACGCUGCUGCAGCAGUCAGCAGCUAUCGCGGUCACGUUGGCGCGCACCAUACACCGGGAGGCCCGCACAGCAUAG